ACACAAUUAAACUGGGUCAAAGGUCAUGGAAUGGAUGGAGCCUUGCACUACUGGAAAUCAAGAAAUGCACUGCUAUCUGCAUGAGUGUCUUUUCUCAGUAAUGUGUUCAAAACGAAAUGGAAUUCGCAUUCAUAAUCAUCUAAUCGAUGCUACCAUUAUGUGAUUUCCAAAACUACAAUUAAAGACUGUUUCACAUAAAAAUUAAGCAGGCCCAAGACUGCUAAGGCCAAGAGGUAGGCAGGUAGGUAAAAAAUUGUUGAAAAAAUCUUAAGUAUUGACUAUCAUCAAUAUACAGAAUAUACUUAUACAUGAUCAAUCACUUAUUACUAUACUAUAAUUUAUAAUCUAUAAGUUGAUAAUGGUAUUGAUACGCCUAAUAUUUUUUUACUAUGAUGGUAGACAUAGUUUGUGCCUAAUCGCUUGAAAUUAUUUAUAUCUUGUAACUUGUAGGCAUAGGCCCGUAGCCGUGCCGUAUAAUUUUCAAUAAUAUGGCCAUGGCUUAAAUAGUAAAUAGCUUAUUAAAUUAAGUUUUUUUUAAGAUUAAGGAUUUAUCUUCAAAUAACUUAUUUGUAGAGCCCUCUGCAAUAAUAUGAAUAUGAUCAUAAAAAUAUUGGUAUUUAAAUUUAAUUUGUUGAUGAUAAGUAUUAUAUUAAGAUUGAAAUUAACAACAGUUUAAGAAUAAAUAAAUAAAUAAUAAAUAAUAAUAUUAUAAAAUUAUAUAAUAUUAUAUAACUAUAACAAAAUUGAAAACUCGUGGAUAAAUUUAAAUACUGUAAAUAAUGAUUUACUAGGGCUUAACCCAGUCCCAGUGCAGUUUUUUUUUAUACUGGGUCUGUUUUUUUGUUGUUGAGAAAAUAACAUUACCAGGUGAACCAAGGACCAAGUGUUAAAAAAAAUAGAGUUAACUUCUCAGUUUAUUUAAUAUAUGCUGGCCUUUAAAUUUUAAACAAUAGGCCUACAGACAGUCCUACACUUUACCUGCUGGCUGACACUCCUACACCCUACCAGCCAGCCUUUAAACCAGGGGUCUCAAACUCAAAUCAUGGUGGGGGCCACCGGAGAUAGAGCCUGAGUGAGACUGGACUACAAAUUCAAUAAAGUACUACUGUUACAACCUUUAUUAAUAAAAAAUAAAAACAUUAAGGGUUCUCAAGAAAUAGGCUUCAUUUUCUUCCUCCUGCUCCUUGUUUCCAGAGACCUGGUAGCGCUUCUUGUUACACAGCUGAGUAAAAUUUGGUUUGAGGGAGGAACCAACUUAGACUUUCAGAAUAGCUUGAAGAUGCUCAUCAGUAGGCUAAGUUUGGCCCUGAACUUUGACUUUUAAAAUUUCAUAGUGGAAAAGAGCUUUUCACACAGAUAGGUACUCCCAAAAAAAGGAACAUGAUCCACUUGAACAAUCUGGAAAUCUCAGGGAAGGUGGAGGGCAAUGCUUUUAUGAAUUGUCCAUGCUUAUCUGUUUUUCCAUUCACCUCCCUGAACUUAGAAUUACAUUGAAAAUCAAUCAGCUCCAUUUGAAGUGCAAAGGGAGGGGGACGGGUCAUCUUCCACAUUAAAGGAGAAAGGGUCAGCAAAAAGUUGAAAAGUGGCUCUGUGUGUUUUGAAGUCUAAAAACAUGUGAUCAAAUUCUUCCUGCAGCUUUGCCCUGGCAUCAGUAUACUUACUACUGAAUGGUGUGCCCAUGUCCAUGAGUACUUUGCAUGUCAGGAAAUGGGAGAGGUUUCGCUAAGAACCAUAACACUACAAGUUUUGUGCAGAAUGCCCUGACAUUGUCAUAGGCAACACUGUCAAGCUACCCCUGGUCUUGCAACUUCUUGUUGAGUGCAUUCAGCUCCUGUGUAAUGUCAACAAGGAAAGCCAAGUCAAUGUGCUGUAUGGGAUCACUUAGUAUAGGAACAACCACCCCGUCCUUCUCCAUGAAGGCUUUAAAUGCUAAAACAUGUUCAUUCAAACGGUAGGUAAGAGCAGGUAAUAUUUAUGAGUUAUUGAUGCGAAGGAAGAUGCUAUUGUAGGGAGAAUGAAUUUUGAUUUUUUUCAUCGUAGAAAAGACCUUUUUGACUAACCCCACUUUGAAAGUGAGCAAGCUGACAGGGUCAGAAUUUUCCUCACUCGUAAACACAAGGGGAAAUUAUAAUAGGGAUUCUUUGAAACUGUAUUAGAUUCUUAUUAUUUACACAACUAUCAUUGGGCAUUACCCUCUAACUGAAUUUUUAACUUUUCUCAAAACAGCACUUUGGCCAUGUUUGUUUCAUAAAAUGCUAUAAAAUAAAAACUUUUAGUCCGAUUUAAAAUGGUUUUUACCAUUAUAAUCAACAUUCAAAUCUAUAUAUAUAAAUAUAAUAAAAAUCAGAAUUAGAUUAGUCGCUGAGAUUCGACUGAAAGGGUCGCAGAGGGUCACAUUAUAGAUAUAUUGGUGAGGAAAACGUGCAGGCCGCAUUUAUCACUUAACUUUGCUAACAUGAAGUGGGCCGCAAAAUAUCUGAGUUCCACCAUCAUGCAUGCAGCUGGAUGCCGGGCCAGUUUUUUUUUUUUCACUCAGCACUAUUGCUAUAAAACCUGUGGAGUUGGGGGCAGGGCGGUUUUGAGGAGGAAGCAGGACAUACCAGAAGCAAAAUAUAUAUACUAUGAGAGAUCAUGUGAAUGGUUAGAUAUAAAGUAUAUAUAUUGGUAACUUUUCUUUUUGAACAUGUUUCAAUUUUAUUUUUCUUACAAAGGAAUAUCAAAAAAGGUAAAAAUAAGGUCAAAUCAUCUUUUACUUAUCUUGACAAAAAAAAGUUUGACCCCUUCUAAUUAUUAGUCACAAACCUCUCCCCCCCCCCCCCAACCCAAUAUUUCAAAAUUUCAGUCAGUCAGCUGUGGGUUGAUUGUAACCUUUUCUAUUCUUAUCCCGUGGAUAUCAAAUUACUGCUCUUCUCCCAUGGAUAUCAAAUUACUGCUCUUAUCCCAUGGAUAUCAAAUUACUGCUCUUAUCUCAUGGAUAUGAAAUUACUGCUCUUAUCCCAUGGAUAUGAAAUUACUGCUCUUAUCCCAUGGAUAUCAAAUUACUGCUCUUCUCCCAUGGAUAUCAAAUUACUGCUCUUCUCCCAUGGAUAUCAAAUUACUCCUCUUCUCCCAUGGAUAUCAAAUUACUGCUCUUCUCCCAUGGAUAUCAAAUUACUGCUCUUCUCCAAUGGAUAUCAAAUUACUGCUCUUCUCCCAUGGAUAUAAAAUUACUGCUCUUCUCACAUGGAUAUCAAAUUACUGCUCUUCUCCCAUGGAUAUCAAAUUACUGCUCUUCUCACAUGGAUAUGAAAUUACUGCUCUUCUCCCAUGGAUAUGAAAUUACUGCUCUUAUCCCAUGGAUAUCAAAUUACUGCUCUUCUCCCAUGGAUAUCAAAUUACUGCUCUUCUCCCAUGGAUAUCAAAUUACUGCUCUUCUCCCAUGGAUAUCAAAUUACUGCUCUUCUCCCAUGGAUAUCAAAUUACUGCUCUUCUCCCAUGGAUAUCAAAUUACUGCUCUUCUCCCAUGGAUAUCAAAUUACUGCUCUUCUCCCAUGGAUAUCAAAUUACUGCUCUUUUCCCAUGGAUAUCAAAUUACUUCUCUUAUCCCAUGGAUAUCAAAUUAUUGCUCUUCUCCCAUGGAUAUCAAAUUACUGCGCUUCUCCCAUGGAUAUCAAAUUACUGCUCUUCUCCCAUGGAUAUCAAAUUACUUCUCUUAUCCCAUGGAUAUCAAAUUACUGCUCUUAUCCCAUGGAUAUCAAAUUACUGCUCUUCUCCCAUGGAUAUCAAAUUACUGCUCUUAUCCCAUGGAUAUCAAAGUACUGCUCUUCUCCCAUGGAUAUCAAAUUACUGCUCUUCUCCCAUGGAUAUCAAAUUACUGCUCUUCUCCCAUGGAUAUCAAAUUACUGCUCUUAUCCCAUGGAUAUCAAAUUACUGCUCUUCUCCCAUGGAUAUCAAAUUACUGCUCUUCUCCCAUGGAUAUCAAAUUACUGCGCUUCUCCCAUGGAUAUCAAAUUACUGCUCUUAUCCCAUGGAUAUCAAAUUACUGCUCUUAUCUCAUGGAUAUGAAAUUACUGCUCUUAUCCCAUGGAUAUGAAAUUACUGCUCUUAUCCCAUGGAUAUCAAAUUACUGAUCUUAUCCCAUGGAUAUUAAAUUACUGCAUCUGUGUAAGAAAAUUAAAUAAGAUCAUUUUUAUGGUCAACUAUUUUUUCAUUCCAUUCCCCUAAAUUUCAGGUUUCCAUCUUGUACCUAUUUUUAAACAUAAUUUGUCAUGACUGACAAAGUCACUGCCUUUGACUCUGGUCCUCCAUGCCGACCUCGUAGUAAAAAAGAAAAUCAAAUAAAAUCAAUGAAACAGCCACUUACGUAAGGCAUUAACAUUAAAUAAUUAAAAUUGGUGUAUAAAUAAAAUGUGAAAAUUAUUGUAAUUCAAUACAUAUUUCAAUUGAAUUCCACUUUUUAAUGUCACUUUACUUAAGUGACAUUCUGGGAUCUGGGGAACAGAUCAAUUAUAUUUUAAAUGUUAAUAUAAAAAAUUGAUGCAGAAGGGAGAAUCCAUAGGUUUUUUAUAAAGGGUUAUGUAACUUAAAAUUUAUUGGCUGAAGGUUGACAUUUCAAACCAACUUUCACAACUAAAAGAAUAUUUUGGGAGGGGCACAAUUAUGUAAUUGUGGACAGGAGUAAAAGAACAAUAAAUUGAUGUAGUAAAAAUACAUUUUGGCAUUGAGUCUUUAUAAUCAAAGCCAAGUUUUUCUCCUUUUUCGGUUUUCAUUUGUGUUUUUUCUUUAUUGUUUACUGUUACUGCAUUCUUAACUACUGUCGAUUUGUUACUGCAUUCUUCACUACUAUCAAUUUGUCACUACAUUCUUCACUACUAUCAGUUUGUCACUACAUUCUUCACCACUAUCAGUUUAUUAAUGCAUUCUUAACUAAUAUCAAUUUGGGACUGCAUUCUUCACUACUAUCAGUUUGUUAUUACAUUCUCAAUUACUAUCCAUUUGUCGCAACAUGCUUCACUACUAUCAAUUUUUUCCUGCAUUCUCAACUACUAUCAAUUUGUCAUUGCAUUCUUAACUACUAGCAGUUUGUUACUACAUUCUUAACUAUCAAUUUGUCAAACAUUCUUCACUACUAUCAAUUUGUUACUACAUUCUCAACUACUAUCAAUUUUUCACAACCUUUCACUGCUAUCAAUUUUUUCCUGCAACCCUACUAUAAAGAUAAACAAUCCUCUUUGCUCAAAACAUACAUCAAGGUUUCAGAUCCAUAUGCCAGUGAUCUUGCACUGUCUGAUUAUGUGACUGUGAGUGAAGUAGAAUCUCUUAAGUUGCCAUUUUAAUCACUGACUGAAACACAUAUUUUUUAUAAACAAGUAGAAAUGAAACUCAUACACCUUCCCUUUCACUACCAGUUAUUUUUAUUGCAGGUUUACAUACAAAUUAUUUUAUGUGUAGUUAAAACUGAUACUAGUAUUGCUAUGGUACCAGUACAAAUAAUGUUUUAUUAAAUCAAAAUGAAAGACAAGUAUGGGGAAUUCAAAAUUUUGCAAAAAAUAUAACCAAAUUAAAACCAACUUAUGUUAUUACGUAAGAUCAGUAAAUGAGUGUAACUUCCAAAAUAAAAAAUGAGAAACUAUGAAUUUUUAUCAACAGCGUCAGGUACCAGCUUGAUCAAUUAAGAAGUAAUUUUGUUUUUGUAUUGUGUCUGAAUGUCUUAGUAGACAUUUGUAGUUCUCUUGAAUACUUUGAGUUUUGAUCCUCUUCUUAUAUUUGAGGGCCCACGAACAAUGUGUUGAUCUGGAAUGUAAUUAAUGUUUGGAAUGAUUGGAGUUCAAAUUAUUUCCCAAUGUCACAAAACUUUAAAAAAAAAUUAAUUUAAAGUAAAUGUGAUAGAAAUUCAACCUUGGCUUUUAUUCACUCUAAACUUUCUGACCUUUUUAGUUCACUCAGCACACAAAAUCAAAUCUCCCUUGCUACAAGGUGGUCAGUACAAAAAUUGGCAAGAGUAUUUUUUCCUUCAAGGCAACCUUGUUAUAAUUUAAAUUUAAUUUUCAAUGGAUUAAGGGAUAAUAUAACGAGUUUGAUCUUCACAUUAUAGAGUAUGUAUAGCUGCCCUGUUGAUAUGCCUAUAUUUUAUGUGUUAUGUGUUGUAUUUAUUUUAACUGUAGCCCGCUUUGAACUUAGCCUAACCAAUCAAAUGGUGUGAAUAUAUAAUAUUGUAUUCAAAUUUGCCCUCAUAAAAGAUUUCAUAUUUGCUCAAAAAUUGGGUGGAUCUCAAAAAUCAUGUGUGCACUCCAGACUAUUAGUAUUAGGUUUGGGGGCAGCUGGUUACAUGUCAAUGAGACCAAACAGCUGUGCCGUGUAAAACAUACAACAUCAUUGGGAAGCCUGGCUCUCCUUUUCCUACACUGUCUUGUCAUUAUAAAUCCAAUUAUUUGAAAACUUGGACAUGUGGCUUCUAAAUCAUGAUGCUUUCUAGCCAUCCAAAUUCUUCUGAUGGAAAUUAUUUAAAUGUAGGCUUCGAACAAGAACUGCACACCACCCCACGUGAUUUUUAUAGAAAGGAAACUUCCUCGGUCUGAUUAUUCCUAGAUGCCUCAUUAUGCUAGCUUUGUACACAGAUGAUGCAAAUUAAGUGCUGUGGAUGUCAGGAUAUAAAAGUUGAAGUGGAUGACAGGAUAUAAAAGUUGAAGUGGAUGACAGGAUAUAAAAGUUGAAGUGGAUGACAGGAUAUAAAAGUUGAAGUAGAUGUCAGGAUAUAAAAGUUGAAGUGGAUGACAGGAUAUAAAAGUUGAAGUGGAUGACAGGAUAUAAAAGUUGAAGUGGAUGACAUGAUAAAAAAAUGUUAAAGUGGAUGACAGGAUAUAAAAGUUGAAGUAGAUGUCAGGAUAUAAAAGUUGAAGUGGAUGCCAGAAUAUUAAAAUGAAUGUCAGAAUAUAAAAGUUGAAGUCGAUGCCAGGGUAUAAAAGUUGAAGUGACCUCUGAUUUGUAAUGUCAACUGCUUCAAGAGGUUUCAGGAUGUUAUCUCUUGAGACAGGUAAGUCCAGUCUCGUCUUGUACUUGUAGGUCCAGUCUCUGCAUGUAGGUCCGGUCUUCUUAUAGGUCCAUUCUUCAUGUAGGUCAAGCCUCUGCUUGUAAGACCAGUCUCAGCUAGUGGGUCAGACUCUGCUCUUAGGUCCAGUCUGCUUGUAGGUCUAGUCUCUGCUUGUAGGUCCAGUCCUUGCCUGUAGUUCCAGUCCUUACUUGUAGGUCCAGUCUCUGCUUGAAGGUCCAGUCUCUGCUUGAAGGUCCAGUCCCAGCUUGUAGGCCCAGUUUCUGCUUGUAGGUCUAGUCUCUGUUUGUAGGUCCAGUUCCUACUUGUAGGUUCAGUCUCUGCUUGUAGGUUAAGUUUCUGCUUGUAGGUCUAGUCUCUGUUUGUAGGUCCAGUCCCUACUUGUAGGUUCAGUCUCUGCUUGUAGGUCCAGUUUCUGCUUGUAGGUCUAGUCUCUGUUUGUAGGUCCAGUCCCUACGUGUAGGUUCAGUCUCUGCUUGUAGGUCUAAUGUCUGCUUGUAGGUCUAAUGUCUGCUUGUAGGUCAAGUUCUGCUUGUAGGUCCAGUCUUUGCUUGUAAGUCCAAUCCUUGUUUGUAGGUCCGUUCUCAGCUUGUAAAACCUGUUCGCUGAUGCUCUAGUAAUAUCAUGGAUGUGGCCAAGUUUUCUCCAUUUUUGUUUUGCACACGAUGAUUUCAGUGAGGUCAAACGUAUCUCGUGACAUAAUGCUAUGUAUGGCUUGUCACAUGAUGCUAUAUAUGGCUUGUCACAUGAUGCUAUGUAUGGCUUGUCACAUGAUGGCCACCAUAUUUAGAAGGGUCGUGGAUAUAAGAAUGUUAGACACCAUAUUUAGCUGGGAUGUGGAAAUAAGAAAGAUAGACACCAUAUUUAACGUGGUUGUGGAUAUAAAAAAGAUAGACACCAUAGUUAUCUGGCAUGUGGAUAUGAGAAGAUGGCCACCAUAUUUAGCUGGGUCGUGGAUAUAAGAAAGAUCUCGAUAAUUGGAAUGAAUGGAUGGUGUUUUCCGUCAAAUAUUUUUACUGAGUAUAAUCACUGACAUUGGGUGGAUCCAACAUAUAACUGAGCUUGGGUGGAUCCAACAUAUCACUGACCUUCGGUGGAUCCAACAUAUAACUGACUUUGGGUGGAUCCAACAUAUAACUGACAUUGGGUGGAUCCAACAUAUAACUGACAUUGGGUGGAUCCAACAUAUAACUGACAUUGGGUGGAUCUAACAUAUAACUGACAUUGGAUGGAUCCAACAUAUCACUGACAAUUGGUGCAUCCAACAUAUAACUGACCUUGGGUGCAUCCAACAUACCACUGACCUUGGGCGCAACCAACAUAUCACUGACCUUGGCUGCAACCAACAUAUCACUGACAUUGGAUGCAUCCAACAUAUCACUGACCUUGGGAGUCACAUAUCACUGGCCUUGAUGGGUCACAUAUCACUGACCUUGGUGCGCAACCAGGAUAUCACUGACUUUGGUUGGUGCUUAUCACUGACCUUGGGCGCAACCAGCAUACCACUGACCUUGGGGGGUUAUAUAUCACUGACCUUGGACGUCGCAUAUCACUGACCUUGGACGUCGCAUAUCACUGACCUUGGACGUCGCAUAUCACUGACAUUGGGCGGUACUUAUCACUGGCUUUGGCUGGUACUUAUCACUGAGUUUGGCUGAUACUUAUCGCUGAAUUUGGGUCCUCAAAUUUAAUGACUCUGAUACUCAAUAAAUGAGUUGAAUUGUUUGCAUCACCAAACACUCAACUUUCCAACAAGCGAUAGUUCAAAAGACUUGACCCGGAAAUGAAAUAACUUUUUGCAGUUUCUUGCUAUAACUAUAACCCUGUUAUUUGAUUUUUUACCAUUCUUCUUAAGACUUUAGACAUCUCCUGACAGGCGUUGAGUUGGAGAAGUCAUGACUGACUGGGGUUGGGUUGGAGAAGUCAUGACUGUGCCGAGGAAGAGCGGCGCCCGGGGCGAACCCAAAAAAUGGCGCCCACCAAUAUGUAGAACAAUUUCCGCCUAGGGCGGACGAGUAAAAAGACGAUUAAGGCACCCCUUGUCUUUGUGAAGUACACGGCAUUUUAUCGUUUAGUUCCCUACAAAUGUCCGAUCUUAAGUCGACUUUGGCGCCCCCCCCCACCCUUUCGCAGGCCCCUGGGACGAGUAUGCAGGUAAAGUUAAAAGGCCAUGUCCUUUGAACUUUGUUUGUUAACUACUAUUCUUAGUCAAUUCGUUUAGCGACAACUGUUGAGUGGAGUCUCAAGUCCGUGCAUGACGGCCAGUGAUUGGCCCAUACUGACUUACACACGCGCGGGCUUACAGUAUCAGCUGACACAGUGCAUGGUGACCUCGUUGGAGUAGUCAGUCAACAGUGGUCCUCAAAUGGUGACAUGUUAGAGCAGUCAGUCAACAAUGGUCCCCAAUUAGUGAUAUGUUGGAGCAGUCCGUCAACAGUGGUCCUAAAAUGGCUUUUGACCUUCUUGGCCAAUGUCUGACAACUGUUGAUAUUCUUGCUAUACUCCUACCUAUUUGUGGUCUACCCGUAUAAUGUUAGAGUGGUGUACCCAAGGACCAUAUUAUGAGUUUUUUACCCAUAGUAAUGUUAUAUAAGAGUGGUAAUACGAUCGGUAAUCCACUCUUCUAUUAUUACUAUUGGUACACCACUCUUCUAUACUUACAUUACUAUUGGCACACCACUCUUCUAUUAUUACUGCUGGCAUACCACUCUUCUAUUAUUACUAUUGGUACACCACUCUUCUAUACUUACAUUACUAUUGGAACACCACUCUUCUAUUAUUACUAUGUGUACACCACUAUUCUAUUAUUACUAUUGGUACACCACUCUUCUAUUAUUACUAUAGGCACACCACUCUUCUAUUACUACUAUUGGUACACCACUCUUCUAUUAUUACUAUUGGUACACCACUCUUCUAUUACCAAUAUUAGCACACCACUCUUCUAUUAUUACUAUUGGUACACCACUCUUCUAUUACCAAUAUUAGCACACCACUCUUCUAUUAUUACUAUUGGUACACCACUCUUCUAUUACUACUAUUGGUACACCACUCUUCUAUUACCAAUAUUAGCACACCACUCUUCUAUUACUACUAUUGGUACACCACUCAUCUAUUAUUAUUAUUUGCACACCACUCUUCUAUUACUAUUAUUGGCACACCACUCUUCUAUUACUAUUAUUGGCAUACCACUCUUCUAUUACUAUUAUUGGCACACCACUCUUCUAUUACUAUUAUUGGCACACCACUCUUCUAUUACUAUUAUUGGCACACCACUCUUCUAUUACUAUUAUUGGCACACCACUCUUCUAUUACUAUUAUUGGCACAUCACUGCGUGUGUGAGAGCACAGGAGAUGACGGUUCAGGUGGCAGACAUCUUUUAGGAUUACGGACUGUAUGUUCAGACCUUUCACCCCCACGCCUUCGCCGUGGUAACUAUGUUUGUAAGCCUAAGACAAAGACCACGUCACUACGACGAGCCUAAGACUACAACGAGCCUAAGACCACGUCAUUUCGACAAGCCUAAGACUACGACACUACGACGAGCCAAAGACCACGGCACAUCGACGAGCCUAAGACUACGACACUACGACGAGCCUAAGACUACGUCACUACGACGAGCCUAAGACUACGGCACUACGACGAGCCUAAGACUACGUCACUACGACGAGCCUAAGACUACGUCACUACGACGAGCCUAAGACCUGUUCUCAUCCUUAAUCCUUAAGAACCACACAUCAGAACUAUAACCUGUAUCAACCUGUAUUAACUUGAAUUGUUUGUCUUAACUUACAUAAGCAGUUGAGUGGAUUUCCUUACACAACUUAUAUUUUGAUUGCGAACCAGCGCCCCCUCCCCGCCCUGCGCUCAUUGACCACACCGCUCUUUGGAGCGUGAAACUACGUUUGUUAGAUCUGAAAACUUUGCCGACACUAACCCUGGGCAAACAGGUCUGUAUUAUUCCAAAUAGAAGAUAGCGUCAGACACAUUUUAAAGCACUGCAAUUAAAUAUAAAAAUAACACACACACACACUCCUGCACUGUAUCUCGAAGUUCAAAGACAAGAAUGUCUUAGUAUGUAAUUAUCAUGUAAUAGGUCAUGACAUUAGAUGGGACCUACUUGUACUUACUGUUAUCAGUGCAUCCAGAACACUGUUUAAUCAGGCCGGAUAGUUGUGACGUUGUGGGUCAAUGUGUCACGUGACGGUCCCGGGGGGGGGGGGGGGGGGGGUCCAGCACUAUUGGUAAAAUCCCCCCUUACAAUUAUUAUCAUCAUUUCACAUAGACUCAGAUUUCAUAAACUGAACAUUGUAACACUUUAUGCUCUCACGUAGAAAACACACCAGCACGCUGGGCUAUGUUAUAGAUAUACGGUCUGCUUGUAUCAGCUCUAAGUAGAUAACAGCAUGCUUGACGGCAAGUGUCAACACGAAUCCGCGUCCAAAGAAGCUGAUUUACCGCAAGUAGAAAAGAUCAUAAAAUUGUCAUCAAUGGCUUUGCGUUCAAGUGUAGAUUCUGCUCUAGGAGAACUCUGGUCUAAAUGGAUAGGUUCAGUUCUAUUUGCAAGGUGCUGUCCUGUAAUCGAGGAUGAGUGAGGGGGGUGGGCUGGGGGGCAAGAAAAAGAGGGGGCAAAGAACAGUGGGCAUAAGCAACAGAGGGUCCAAACGACAGUGGGCAUAAGCAACAGAGGGGGCAAACAUGAGUGGGCAUAAGCUACUGAGGGGGCAAAUAACAGUGGGCAUAAGCAACAAAGGGGGCAAACAACAGUGGGCAUAAGCAACAGAGGGGGCAAACAUGAGUGGGCAUAAGCUACUGAGGGGGCAAAUAACAGUGGGCAUAAGCAACAAAGGGGGCAAACAACAGUGGGCAUAAGCAACAGAGGGGGCAAACACCAGUGGGCAUAAGCAACAGAGGGGGUAAACAAUAGUGGGCAUAAGCAACAGAGGGGGCAAGCAGCAGCAUGGGCAUAAGUAACAGAGGGGGCAAUCAAGAGAGGGGGCAACCAACAGAGAAUUCCAUGUUUGGGGGCGCAGAAAGGUAAAUAUUGUUCACCGUAUGUUUAAGUGCGUGUUUUGGGAACAGGAAGAAUGCGCGUGUCUGCAUAGGAGCGAAGCUAUGCUGUCCAAGGGGCGAAUAGACAGGAAGAAUGCACAUGUCUGCAUAGGAGCAAAGCUAUGCUGUCCAAGGGGCGAAUAGACAGGAAGAAUGCACGUGUCUGCAUAGGAGCGAAGCUAUGCUGUCCAAGGGGCGAAUAGACAGGAAGAAUGUGCGUGUCUGCAGGGGAGCGAAGCUGUGGUGUCGAAGGGGGAAUAGACAGAAAGAAGAAACUAAGCCUGUCAACAGUUGGCAGACAUAGAACAAACAUUACCCAUAUUAAUAUAAGAGUGAUGUAACCAUAUUAAUAUAAGAGUGAUGUACCCUUUUUAAUAUAAGAGUGGUGUGCCGAUAGUAAUAUAAGUAUAAGAGUGAUGUACCCAUAGGUAAUAAGGGGAGAGACUGUUGACACUUCUAUUGCUGCCCACAGAUACUACUUACCAGCUAAGUGCUAUUUCUUAUUUUUAUACCGUUUUUUCUGUUGUUUUGUUCGCUGACGAAGGCUUUCUGCCGACACGUUCGCUGUUUUGUUGCGUUUAUUUUUUCAGGUUUAACCCUACUCUGUUUUACUCAUUUUAUUACAGUGCAGAACAGUGGGAUCAAGUAUUUGAUUGUAAAAACCGUCUCGUCUCUAGUUUUCUCCGUUUUCACAAUCGCCGCAGUUUAACGGAACAAAACUACGUCACACGCUGGGUAGCAGUCAAAGGGGAUGGCAGUGAAUAGUAUAAAUAUUACCGGUGACGCAGCUAACUAGUUCAGUGUGACACACAAAGCAACAGUAUGACAAUUAUCACCAUCAAUACGAUACUUUGCGGUGAUAUUUUUAUAACCUUUGGCACUCCGACCAACCCCCCACCCAUGUGUCCCGUAUGCCGCAAAUCUCCUUCAUUAACAGCCCCCACCUCCCCUCUCAGUGCGCACAUAAAUAUAAUGAAGGAUGGUCCCAACUUUAAAAAAAAAUACAACCAAUCGUUUUUCUCAUUUCAUUCACCUGUAGAUUUUUAUUGGAAAAGGCUAAAACUAAAACUUCAACAAACGAAUUUUAAUCGGAAUUUUUUUUUUUUUUCACCUGGCCUCUGAAAGUCGUAGUUUUGGCGGGUCUCGCGUACAAUCGUAAAAGACAUCUCAAAAUCGUACAUUGUACGCCAAAAUCGUAAGAGUAAACAGGUCUGAUUAACACAUCCUUAUAACUAGUUUUCUUAGUUUAUCUAAUAAUAAUAGAGUAAUAGAGAAUAAAUACUGUAGAAAAAAAAAAGGAAUUCUUAUUACUUAUUACUAUUAUUGGCAAAUUGAUAAAUUUCUUAUUUACAAAGAAUAAUUGUACAAACAAUUAAUUUAAAACAAAUUAUUAUUUUUUGUAUACAUUUAUAUUGUUUAAUUAUAUUAGAAUCAAAAACAUUUGUUUAAUCAGAUGUUUCAACGAUUUAGAAAUGUUUUAUUUAAACCUUUAUUUCCAAAUAAUUUCACCUCCCUCCGGUCAAUAAAAUAAUGUAAAAAAAGAUAGCCGCCGUUUUUUCAUAACAUGUGGAUUUUUUUUGUUCGCUCGGUAUCAUAAAUUCUAGCAACAGCCAGUAAUGUUAACAAUAAAUGCUUUCAAUGUUACUGCGAUCAAGCUAGCUCGUCUUAAAGUUGGUGGGGGGGGGGGGGGUUGUGUUAAAAAGAAUUUGUGACACUUUGUGACAGUGGCGGAGGGGGGUCUAAAAAGGUCAUUUUUUUGCGUGACGUAAUUUGCAAACGACCCCUAAGAGGUUGAUGCCUAUUUAAAGUUGAGCUUGAUUGUGCAGCUAACAUUGUCAAAUUCAUAUCCUUAUUUAACAAAUUUUCUUCAUGUUUGCCAAAAAAAAAAAGGAUCCAUUUUAACCAGUCGUCACCCCCUGUGGAAUUCUCCUUUGUACAUUCUCCCCUUGGGAUUCUCCUACGUGCACAUACUCCAUGACGGAUUCUCAGUUGUGCAUUUCUUGCUGUACUUUCUACCAACUCUAACUUAUGUGAUAUCUGUGUUGGUACACCUUGCCCCACCCUGUACUUUCUACCAACUCAAACUUAUGUGAUAUCUGUGAUAGUGCACCUUGUCCCACCCUGUCUCGUAUUGUCACAGACACUUGUAGUGAUUAGUGGCUCAUCAGCUCCAUGAAGAGGCUGCUAAUCUAAUGAGGUGUUAUAAAUUAUCCCACUCUUAAACAGGUCCAAAACGUGAGCCAGACUUAAGAUUGUGAGAAUGCUAUGCACUUAUCAAGCCACUGAUAGAUGGGGCAUGUUGGCUGGCCUACCUGUUGAUUGACUUGUAGGCCCAGGUGGACUCUCACUUACACAACAAGGGUCACCUUAGUGGUGGUCUGGCUUUCUCAGGUGAGAUUUUUCUACCCCAGAAUGGACAGCAUAGAUGGACAUUAAUAAUUGAUCAGUGCUAUACUCAUCCAGUUGUUUUGUGUUGUGGUCGUUUUUCUUCUUGCCCGAGCCAGGAACUAUGGGACGGAUAUUUGGAUAUUCAUAGUACAGCUUUACAAGGCAUGGUUUUAUAAUCAUUCCCUAGUCUAAAUGUGGCAAUAUUUCUACAUUGACUACCUUACAUAAAGACAGACGGAUGUAGACAUUGAUAUGUACAAUUUAUCACACUGUUUGCUUACAACAGGGUCAUGCUCAAUGCUGUUCAUUUUCAGGGUUACUCCUGACCUUGACAUUGGUGUGAUUUUAAUCAAGGAUGUCAGCCUCCAGUUUUCUGGGAUGUAAUUGAUCCCUGGUUUUAGUCUUACUUUAGCAACUUCCAUCUUGACUUUUGUCUUGUCUGCUUCAUGCACCCCAAUGUAAUGUCUGCCUCUUUUAAUGUUACCAAACUAAUACUGGAUGUGAAUGAUUCUGUAGCAUUUUAUUAUAGACAUGAAUGCCCAAUUGAAAAUCUACUGACAUGUAGAUAAUGGCAUACAAGCAGUAGGUAAAUUCUCCUCCAUUUCAAAUCUUAUUCACAAACAGGGAAUUUUCAAGCUAUUUGGUUUUCUUAAUAUUUUUUAAAGAUUUAUUUGUUGAAAAUAAACCAGCUACAUUGCAUAAUCCUACAUCUAUAAUAUCAUUUAAACUUAAAAGUUGUGGACAGGUCUUAUUUGAGUAAUUGUAUUUUUAAAAAUUAAAAUACAUUUCCAUCAUUAAAAUACAAGAAGCUUUGAGUGAAAUAUUAAUCCUAUGUUUUCUUGACAGCAGUGAGAAGAGCGGCACAAUACAAUGACAUCGGUUGAUGACAAAACCCUUCUGGCCGUUCCGCAGCCACCUGUCCAAGUGGGCAAGAAAGCCAGUGAAACUCACCCUGUCCAGCCGGACGGGGGCUGGGGUUGGGUGGUCUGCUUCUCCUCCAUGGCGUGCAAUGGGACAGUGUUUGGCAUCAUCAACAGCUUUGGGAUCCUGUUUGUGGCCAUGACAGAUCACUAUGCCAAAGAUGAUCGAAAUAUGUCAUUUAAGACAUGUAAGUGCUUUAAUAUCAUCUUUCAUUGUCAAAAUUAUAGUUUGAUACAAGUCUCGGGUUUUUUAAAAUAAAGAUUUGUUUUAUUUAACAAAGUUUUAAAGCAUAGAUUUGAGUUAAAAUUUUUAAACAUUUCCCUGUACAGUAAUACAUAUAUGAACGACCAGUCAUUGAGUUGUGUACUAAAAUAAAUAAAUGACUUUCCCUUAUAAAUGUCUCUUGAUUAAAUAAUUAGCAAUCAUUUUUUUUUUUAUUAAGUUAAACAAAGAAAAAUGUUAAUGGGGUUGGUUGAAGCCUUAAGAUUUAUAUUAGAAAAGAAAUAUUCUCUCCGAGUUGGCCCACUGUGGUGACACCGUGCUCUUAUGGCAACCUGCUCUGGUGGUACCCUACUCUAGUGACAGGUGGAACAACGCUCUUGUAGUAAACUUAGAUGUGUUAUGGAACCAGCUUAAUCCAGCUCUGUCCCAUUUACUAUUUUUUAUUGGGUAUCAUCCCCCUGUGAGGAUGUCACCCAAUUUAUUUUGUACUUUUUAUAUUUAUAAUUGUAUUCUCCAUAUAAAUAAGUAUAAUAAAGCAUUUUGAAGUAAAUAGUAUGAUUUUCUUCCUUUCAAAUUGGGGGAUGAAAUUGGUGUUAACAUGGGUGUUAAUGGCUAAAAAAUUUAGCUGACCCUUGAGCUAAUCUGAACAUUUGUGUUAGUUUAAACAUUGCUUUAAAUAUCCACUGACGAUUUGGUCUUCUCUCAUUGCCAGCUUGGGUCGGUUCAGUCAACACCGGCAUCACCUUCCUCAUGUGUAUGAUCUCAAGUAUCAUCAGUGACCGACUGGGCAUCAGGCUGACCGGCAUCAUUGGUGGCGUCCUGGCUUUUAUCGGCCUUUUGUCCAGCGCCUUUGUGGAGGAACUCAUGCUGCUCUACCUGACUUACGGCAUCAUCGCAGGCCUGGGCUUUGCCUUCUCAUAUGCCCCCUCACUGGUCAUCCUGGGACACUACUUUAAAAGACACAUGGGUCUAGUCAACGGCCUGGUCACCUUCGGGUCAUCUGUAUUUACCAUUGGAUUGGUCAUGGGUCUUCCGGCCAUUCUUGAUGCCAUUGGACUAAGAUACACGCUCAUCUUCCUGUCAUGUCUUUCAUUGCUGCUGGUGCCCUACGCCCUCACAUGGAAGCCCAUUUUCACCAGAGAAAACCUGGGUUUGUCCCAGGCAGCUAUGUCUACGAUGUCUAUUGAGAUGAUUCAGAGCCAAUGUGCCGAUUGCUGUAGAUUCACGCGCAAGUACCUCAAUGUGAAAAUCUGGAGAAACAAAGGCUACGUCAUAUGGGCCUUGUCCUGUGGAAUAUCUUUAUUUGGAUAUUUUGUGCCUUUUGUUCAUCUGGUGAGUAUCAAUUUAAUACACAUAAAUGAAUAUUUAUUGAAUUAAAAUCAGACAGUUUUAAGUUUGGGACUCAAACAUUUAUAUAGAUUUGAUUAUUUGUCUGUUUUAGAACAAACGUAGUCACUCAGAAUUGUUUUGAGAGGAUUUCUAGCCAUAAACAAGGUAGGCUGUUGAGGAUGAAGCUAUUGCCUUUGAGAUGAUUUCUUGCCAUAAACAAGCUAGGCAGUUGAUAAUGAAGCUAUUGCCUUUGAGAGGAUUUCUUGCUAUAAAAAGCUAGGCUGUUGAGGAUGAAGCUAUUGCCUUUGAGAGGAUUUCUUGCCAUAAACAAGCAAGGCUGUUGAUGAUGAAGCUAUUGCCUUUGAGAGGAUUUCUUGCCAUAAACAAGCAAGGCUGUUGAUGAUGAAGCUAUUGCCUUUGAGAGGAUUUCUUGCCAUAAACAAGCAAGGCUGUUGAUGAUGAAGCUAUUGCCUUUGAAAGGAUUUCUUGCCAUAAACAAGCAAGGCUGUUGAUGAUGAAGCUAUUGCCUUUGAGAGGAUUUCUUGCCAUAAACAAGCAAGGCUGUUGAUGAUGAAGCUAUUGCCUUUGAGAGGAUUUCUUGCCAUAAACAAGCAAGGCUGUUGAUGAUGAAGCUAUUGCCUUUGAGAGGAUUUCUUGCCAUAAACAAGCAAGGCUGUUGAUGAUGAAGCUAUUGCCUUUGAGAGGAUUUCUUGCCAUAAACAAGCAAGGCUGUUGAUGAUGAAGCUAUUGCCUUUGAGAGGAUUUCUUGCCAUAAACAAGCAAGGCUGUUGAUGAUGAAGCUAUUGCCUUUGAGAGGAUUUCUUGCCAUAAACAAGCAAGGCUGUUGAUGAUGAAGCUAUUGCCUUUGAGAGGAUUUCUUGCCAUAAACAAGCAAGGCUGUUGAUGAUGAAGCUAUUGCCUUUGAGAGGAUUUCUUGCCAUAAACAAGCAAGGCUGUUGAUGAUGAAGCUAUUGCCUUUGAGAGGAUUUCUUGCCAUAAACAAGCAAGGCUGUUGAUGAUGAAGCUAUUGCCUUUGAGAGGAUUUCUUGCCAUAAACAAGCAAGGCUGUUGAUGAUGAAGCUAUUGCCUUUGAGAGGAUUUCUUGCCAUAAACAAGCAAGGCUGUUGAUGAUGAAGCUAUUGCCUUUGAGAGGAUUUCUUGCCAUAAACAAGCAAGGCUGUUGAUGAUGAAGCUAUUGCCUUUGAGAGGAUUUCUUGCCAUAAACAAGCAAGGCUGUUGAUGAUGAAGCUAUUGCCUUUGAGAGGAUUUCUUGCCAUAAACAAGCAAGGCUGUUGAUGAUGAAGCUAUUGCCUUUGAGAGGAUUUCUUGCCAUAAACAAGCAAGGCUGUUGAUGAUGAAGCUAUUGCCUUUGAGAGGAUUUCUUGCCAUAAACAAGCAAGGCUGUUGAUGAUGAAGCUAUUGCCUUUGAGAGGAUUUCUUGCCAUAAACAAGCAAGGCUGUUGAUGAUGAAGCUAUUGCCUUUGAAAGGAUUUCUUGCCAUAAACAAGCAAGGCUGUUGAUGAUGAAGCUAUUGCCUUUGAAAGGAUUUCUUGCCAUAAACAAGCAAGGCUGUUGAUGAUGAAGCUAUUGCCUUUGAAAGGAUUUCUUGCCAUAAACAAGCAAGGCUGUUGAGGAUGAAGCUAUUGCCUAAUGGUAUAUUAAAAACGGUGAAUGCGUCUAGGCAUUAUAUUUGGUCAGUCACCUGAAAGCUGAGCAUUCAGUCUCCUGCAGCCUAUUGUCUACUGUUAGCAUAAACAAUGUAACGCUGAAAUCAGGUUGUGAGGUCAAGGCAAUACUAAUGAGAGAAGAGACCGGGAUAUUAGUCUUGCUAGGAGGAAGGACUGAGAAGAAUCUGUAUCAUGGGAAGAGGUGUCUCAUUUCAAGGGUUCUCUGUUUAUUGUUGUAUGCACCCAGGGGGAUUAUCUUUUUCUGUUAUUAAAGUUAUGAUUGAAUUGGAUUAUCCCAAAUACUUUCAUAUUUUUAAAUUUAAAAAAAAAUAUAUUGAAAAAAACAACUCUUUGCAUAGACAUAGUAAAAUUGUAGGUCAUCUCUGGUGAAUUUCUAAAUAUAAAAGUUAAAUUUAAAUAAAGUCUAUAAGUCAAAGCUUCAGUUAUAAGUUUAUUGAAAUUUUUCCAUAUACUGGUUUUUUAAUUGUAUCUUUAAAAAUAUAUAUUUUUUUCCUUUAAUUUUUGGAACGCAAAAGCUGCCAUUUUGGACACACUGUUCUCACUGUCUUGUACCAUAGCUAUAAAUAGAUGCAGCAGACUUUGCAACCAGCACUUUAUGUGGACGUAACUCAAAAGUGUAUAUAAUUUUUAAAUAUGAUGUCCAACAGUUUACAGUCCUGUUGAUGAUGACCUCAGUUAUGGCUGUGGGCUUUUCCCAGUAGUAAUUUGUUAUUCCUUUACAGAUGACCUCAGUUAUGGCUGUGGGCUUUUCCCAGUAGUAAUUUGUUAUUCCUUUACAGAUGACCUCAGUUAUGGCUGUGGGCUUUUCCCAGUAGUAAUUUGUUAUUCCUUUACAGAUGACCUCAGUUAUGGCUGUGGGCUUUUCCCAGUAGUAAUUUUUUAUUCCUUUAACACAGCAGUUAAUACGAGCAACACAAUCAGUCUAUUUAUUCUUCAAUGAUAAGAUGUACAUCUGAGGGGAAACAUUAGCUGAACGUUUGUGUUUGCUUAUUUCAAGAAAUGUUUUCUUUGUUAUCCAUCAUGCUAUCCAUCAUGUUAUCCAUCAACUCUUGCUAUAAAAAUUGUAAAUAAUUGACGUCGGACAUUUGCACUGCGUUGACAUUUUUCAUUACUCAACUCACGCCAUGUUUUCAAAUGUUAUCCAACACGUCACACCAUGCUAGCCAUUGUCAUCCUGCUACUAACAAUGACAUUCAUAUAAAUUCAAUGCAUCCUUCCCUGUGGCACUACAGCCCAUGUAAGGCUUAUGCCUACCACACCACUUCCUUCCACUCAGACCUAACUGAUGCUUUUCUUUUCCAUGCUUUGAUUCGCAGCUGCUGUAGAUCUUUUUUUCCCACAUCUUCUAUCCAUCAAAGCCUUUGGGGUUUUCGUAAUGCACCCUCUUCACCCCACUGUCAUUUGGCAUUCUCUCUAAGUGUCCCACCCAUCGCAGCCUGCCCUUUUUUUAAAAUUUUCAGCCACUAUCGUAAGAUCCUGGUAUUGUCCAUAAAAUUCCUGGUUGGCUUGUAUUCCAGACCUGUUCACUCUUACGAUUUGGCUCACAAUAUAUUAUUUUGAGACGUCUUUUACGAUUGUACCAGUAGGCCAAGACCUGUCAGAACUUCGUUUUUAAGAGCAUUAGUUGAAAAUAUAUACAUUCCGGCAUGGGCGCCCGCAGGGGGGGGGGGGCACUUGCCCCCCUCCCCCCCUGGAUUGAUUGGAUAAAAAAAAUUUAGACAAAAAUAGACAAAAAAUGUAUGAAAGUAAAGGGAAAAUAAAGAGAAAGUAAAUAAGCUGAUGUCCUGUCCGUUCGUUCACCAUACAAAUACGCUACAGUAAAUUAAAACUACAUUAAAAUAUUAAUAAAAAUUUUUUGCCCUCCCUGGAAAGUUAAUCGAUUUUUUUGCCCCCCCCCCCUAGAAAGUUUUCUGCGGGCGCCCAUGCAUUCCGGUAGUAUUUCUAAAAAAAAUAAUUUUUAAAAUAAAUUUAUAGUUAUUAGUUUUAGCUCCUUUUUAGAUCCAAAAGUGAACGUAUCAAGAAAUACCUCUGGUUGGGAACCAUCUGCAUGUUUAUUACCUUUGACCUUAGAGGGCAAAAGUGGGGGGCAUUGAUUUAGGAGAUUAUGUGUGCGGGGGGGGGGGGGGGGAUUGAAGGGGUUAAAUUUUUUAAUUUUUAAAAAAUGCAGUGUAGACCUGCGUGGAUUCGCCCGGCUUCGGUGGGGGGGGGGGAAUUGAAGUGUUUAAAUUUUUAAAUUCUCUAAAAAUAACACUGGCAUGAAUUUGAGGCGAUAUUGUACGAUCUUUUGAUUUUAGGAUUUUGAGGGUACAGGUCUCCAGGUCUGGUAUUGUUCAUCAAUAUUCAUCCUUUUUUGGUCCAAUUAUUUUCUGGAGAACUUUUCUUUCCCAUGUCUUGUGUUUAAUAGGUUUUCUGUCAUUUUCAUUAGGCUCCAAGCUUCACUUGCGAAUGUUACAAUAGGUCUAAUUACAGAAUUAUAAAUAGUUUUCUUUGUUUUUCUUGUAAUGUUUUUUACUUUAGAGUAUUUCUGAGUACCGGUACCGAAUUUUGCCUUGUUUCUGGCUGAUAUUCCAUUAUUUCUGAUACAGUAGUAAUUCAAUUCUUUCAUUUAUGGCUUAUGUCAUCCUAGACAUACUUUAAUACCAUAUUGCUUACAGUAGCAUAUAAUGCAUAGGUGCCCAUGUAGGGCUUUGGCCUACCUUACCAUUUCCUUCGCCUCAACUAAUGCUUUUCUUUUCCAUGCUUGGAUUCCUAGCUUCUGUAGAUCUCUCUCCACAUCAUCCGUCCAUCUAAGCCUAUGUCUGCCUUUGAGCUGUUUUCCUCUGGGGUUUUGGUUAUGCACCCUCUUAACUCUUCUGUUAUUUGGCAUUCUUUCUAAGUGUCCUGCCCAUUGCAGCCUGCCCUUUUUAAUUUCUGCUACUAGUGUUGGUUAUAGAGAGUGCCUGUUGGUUGUGGGUCUUGAUAUUUCCUUGAAAAGUAUCCUGUUAUUGUUUCUCUUCUGGUGUCAAUGUGUAUGCUUCUUAAAACUAUAUUUAUUUUAGGUUAAAUAGUAAACAAGACAGUGAGUCUCCUUGUCUUAGGCCUCAUCUAAUCUGAAAUUCCCUGGAAUAUUCACCAUGUACCUUGAUUUUACCUUCUGAGUUGUUUCAUGUUGUAUGUCAUUCUUGUAUGUUUGCCCCUGACCAUUGGGAUGUUGAAGCAUUGGGAUGUUCACCCCUGACCAUUGUGAUGUUCACCCCUGGCCAUUGUGAUGUUCACCCCUGACCAUUGUGAUGUUCACCACUGACCAUUGUGAUGUUCACCCCUGACCAUUGUGAUGUUCACCCCUGACCAUUGUGAUGUUCACCCCUGACCAUUGUGAUGUUCACCCCUGACCAUUGUGAUGUUCACCCCUGACCAUUGUGAUGUUCACCCCUGACCAUUGUGAUGUUCACCCCUGACCAUUGUGAUGUUCACCCCUGACCAUUGUAAUGUUCACCCCUGACCAUUGUGAUGUUCACCCCUGACAUUUGGGAUGUUCACCCCUGACCAUUUGGAUGUUCAUCUGAAAGAGACCAAUGAACCAACCAUAAAAACUCUGCUAUUUAUGAUUCCAUUAGAUCAAGUACGUCAAUGGUGCCUUUCCAGGCAGCAAUGGCAGCAUUCUGAUCAUGUGCAUCGCGAUAACAUCAGGCGUCUCCAGGGUGGUGUGCGGCAAAAUAGCUGACCUCAAGUGGGUGAACAGAGUUCGCCUGCAGCAGGCGGCAUUCGGCAUCAUGGGCGUGGUGACAUUGUGUAUACCGUUCUCUGGCAGCUUUGGUGGCCUCAUAGCUAUAACACUGAUCAUAGGGAUCUGUGACGGUGUCUUCAUCUGCCUGCUAGGACCUAUUGCCUUUGAUCUUGUUGGCGAGAGGGGAGCCUCACAGGCUUUGGGAUUUUUAUUUGGUAUCUUCUCCAUACCAAUGUCUGCAGGCCCUCCAUUAGCAGGUACAAUUGAAAUCAAUGGAAAAAUUUAACAUUUUUAAUAAUUUGUUUUUUGAUGAAAGUUGUUAAAUGUUGUUAAAUCCAUUUUAUCUUUGUAAAAAGAAAAGGUAAAUUAAACAUUUAAUCCCCAGACGUGUAGAAUAUUAGAGAAGAACUAAUAUCUUUUCAUAUGUGAUUAUUUUCUCAUAAAUUAUUGCAUUUUAGCUCUUGUUUGUAAUUGAAUCUUUAACCAAAGCUGAUAUAUUCCAGUAAUCCAUUAGAUGGUGUGUAAUUUAAUCAUUAAUCAAAGCUGAUAUUCCAAUAAUAUUGUUAGUAAUGUGUAAUUAAAAAUUCUCUAAUUGCCCACUGAUUUCUCCAUAGGUCUUCUGUAUGACAAUUUGGGCACUUAUAACAUAGCGUUCCACCUCGCUGGUUGUCCACCAAUACUGGGAGCUCUGAUCAUGUUCCUGAUACCCAAGACAAAACCAGUGAGUCAAUCUAUUUUAUCUCUGAGAUACAAUUUCUUCCAAGUAUAAGUUUUCAGACCGAGAAUAACAAAUUUAACACCGUAUCGGUACUGUUCACAGUUCAGAGCAGUGUACAAACUUUUUAUUGGUGUAACCCCACUGAAGACUAGUUUUAUAAGGAAGAUUUCCCUCCAACCUACUCACAUCACCUUGGAAGUAAUUAUAUUAACCCUUGCAUUCCUUAAGAGUCCAAGAUUAGAAUUUCGCACCAUGUCUGUAAGGUCAUACAAAAAUAUUGUACCAUUAUUGUAUGUAAGUUUAGGAUAUAAAUACAUUUAAAAAAAAAAAACUUAUUUAAUGGCUAAAUAAAAAUUUCAAUGGGGGCACACUAUUAAAUGAUUCUUUCUGAUAGAGCAUAUUAAACAAGUUUGUGGCGAUUUUUUGAAAAUUUCUACCUGUCCAACAAAUGCUAUGGAAUUAAUGGUGUAUAAUUUUUCUUUUGGUAUGAUUGCAUUAGGUAUGUUUUCUUUGUAAAUAAAUUUUAAAAUUGCAAGGAGUGCUACAUCCAGUCACUCACAGCAUAGUUAGACGUUCAUUCACCGAUUAGUCAAAUCGUACAGAUUUGAAAAGUUGAAGCCUUUAAAUUAUUGUAUUACAAUCCGGUCACAAUAAUCAUUGUAUAAUAAUAAUAAUAAUAAUAAGACGUCUUAUAUAGCGCGGUACCCCAGCCUAGGGCUGGGCUCACCGCGCUGUACAUAAAAAUUUUAUCAAAAGAGACAUUAACCAAGUUGUUUCCCAUUCCAGAAUGUCCCUGCUGUUACUUCUAUUCAAGAGUUUGCUGCCGUGUCUUGCCAUGACAUCUACCACAGUAAACUUGUGUUUGGUAUGUACACCUUUCAAAUACCUGGUGUUUGGCUUGUACAAUUUGAAAUAUCUGAUGUGGGGGUGGGGGGCAAGGCAUGAAAGGGUGUAAGAGACAGCUUAACAGGGAGAGGAAUUAAUGAGCCAACUAUGAAGUUAAACUUCAUGUGGAAAAAUUCGACUCUUAGAGACUAUAAAAGAAGUGUGUUGAUACACAACAAAAAAAUCAACAAAAUAUACCACUCUUACUAAGCAAAGGGCAAUUUAAAAAUCAGUAUAUGUGACUGUUACACCAAAGAUGUCUGCUGUGGAUUCUGCUCAUUCGAUGGCAGGACAAAGUGCCUAACAAAGAUUCUGGAAGUGCCAAAAUGUGCAGCAUUUUCUUCUCCCUGAGCAAGAGGUGCCUUCACUGGUUAGGCCAUUAAAGGAGAAUAGAGGAAGGCCAUAUUUCUCCUGUACUGAGAAUCGACAGUGGGGGCAAGACACAUUGGACGGCUGCGGCUGCCCUUUAAGGUUGUAUGGGGAUGCCAACAUCAAAAUUGGCUAAUGGGAAAUCCUCAUUGAUCACCAUUUCGGCUAGCCAACAACAGUGAUAAAAAUCAUUAAUGAAGGCAAAAGUAAACCAGAAGGGAAGGUUCUCCUGUGAGAAGUGCAGCAUCAUAAGCCAUUCAAGAAAGUGUUGAUAAAGCCAUUCAAGAAAGUGUUGAUAAGCCAUUCAAGAAAGUGUUGAUAAGCCAUUCAAGAAAGUGUUGAUAAGGCAUUCAAGAAAGUGUUGAUAAGCCAUUCAAGAAAGUGUUGUUAAGCCAUUCAAGAAAGUGUUGUUAAGCCAUUCAAGAAAGUGUUGAUAAGCCAUUCAAGAAAGUGUUGAUAAGCCAUUCAAGAAAGUGUUGAUAAGUUACUCUUUCGUCUCAUGAAGACUGGAUGCCAUUAAUGCUAGAAUUAUAUGACACAUCCUAUAAAGCUUUUCACAUAUAAAUUUAGUGAACAACUCAUUCUAGUGUGUGUUAUGGAUAUAAAAUGUAAAGAGCUGAGUUCAUUUGAGUCAGUGUCAAAUGUUAGGAUUUUAGGAGACUAACUUUGUGUCAGUUAACAUUAACACUAAUGUAACUGUUGGGAUUUUAGAAGACUAACUUUGUGUCAGUUAACAUUAACACUAAUGUAACUGUUGGGAUUUUAGGAGACUAACUUUGUGUCAGUUAACAUUAACACUAAUGUAACUGUUGGGAUUUUAGGAGACUAACUUGGUGUCAGUUAACAUUAACACUAAUGUAACUGAGAUGGGGUAUUAGGCCAAAUCCAUAAGCUGAUUAACUUAUAUAUUAUAACUUCUGUGGGUUCAUCUCAAUAUAAAUAUUUGUGGACUCCAUCUGUCCAUCACAGAACACGUGCGUUCCUCACCUCUCUCAAUGAAAAUAUGAAUUCCAGUUUCUAGGCACCACUUUUUAAUGUCACAGUAAUAAUACAAUAAUAAAACAAACAUGAUGUACACUGUUAGCUCCUUGAAAUACAAGUAUGGCUACAAAUAUGCUCUUCUUAACUCACAAAUUAUCAACUUCUAAUCACCAUUUGUGAUCCAUGCUUCUAUCCUUUAUCUCCCUUCUGCUCUCUUUUUAGUCUCGUUCCCUUGAGAUUCUCAAAAAUAUCUAUAUCAAUUACUGAGACGUUACAACUAACACUAACAUUAACACUAACACUACUGGGGUAACACUAACAUUAACACUAACACUACUGGCGUAACACUAACAUUAACACUAACACUACUGGGGUAACACUAACAUUAACAUGUACCGAAAUGAAAUUGCUUUCUCUCUUUUUAUUUUCUUGACAAUAACAUUCAACAUAAUUGAUCUUAAAUUUUCCCUUGAGAUUCUCAAAAAUAUCUAUAUCAAUUACUGAGACGUUACAACUAACACUAACAUUAACACUAACACUACUGGCGUAACACUAACAUUAACACUAACACUACUGGCGUAACACUAACAUUAACAUGUACCGAAAUGAAAUUGCUUUCUCUCUUUUUAUUUUCUUGACAAUAACAUUCAACAUAAUUGAUCUUAAAUUUUUUUGUCCUAGAAACCACAAUAGAACCACCAAAGGUGAGCGCAGUCACCCCUGAAGUGAUCACAAUCAGUGAUAUGUCCGAACUUGUGGACAGGAAUGCAAGCAAUGGGAAUGUGUCCUCCAACAAGAUAGUCCUGGAUCUUGAAGCCUUAGAUGAGGAAAUCAAUGAUAGGGAUGUUGAUGUACACGUGGAAGUCAACAAGGAGAGUGCAGACAACAUCAGUGACAAUGGCAGUGAAGAAAGAGAACUGAUGCUUCCUACUGACACUGUAACUACAGCAUCUGUUUGAUGGGGACUGGGCAUAUCAUUUUAAUUGACUAAUUCUAUUAUAUUAUAUAGAAUGUUACUCACUCAUGUCUGUUGAGAAAUAGUUUCUCUUGCAUUGUAAUUAUUAAAUUAUGUCAAAAUUUACAUUUUACAUUAAUGGUACCGGUAUGUCAGAAUAGUUUGUGUUUUUUGUGUGUGCUGAAUUCUAUUUUUAGCUUCACUCUAUGGACUUGCUAAGUGGCUGUUACUAAAUCUGUUUAUAAUUUUUUUUUAGAAGUACAACAGUAGCCUACAAGGUAGGCCUAUAUUUAUAAUUAAAUAUAUAUGAUUUUUUUUAUUAUGAAAAAUGUCCUGAUAUCUCUGCCUGCAAAAGAUGACAAAUUAAUGCCAUCUUAAUGACAUUUAUUGCAAUAUUUAAGAUAAGUUUUUGAUGGAAAUUAACAUAAAAUAAUGUUGAUUAUAAAACAUGCCUUUUUAACUUGCUGAGUAUUAGUAUUACUGUUAUAGAAAAUGAAUUUUUUGUUCAGGUAAUAAAAACCAUUAACUCUAUAGUGAGUUAUAAUUUUUUUAUGUACAAAUCCAAGCCUUACUAUUACUAUGUUUUGGUUGCUUUAGCUCUGAAGUUAUUUUAUCUGAUUUACCAAGCAUUUGUUGAUAGAGUAGCAUCCCUUUCCUUCAUUUUGAUGAUGAUUGAUUAAGACUAAGAUUUGCCACAUUCAAAAGAUUUGAUUUUGUUUUAGUUUUUCAAGUUUUUCAUUUUUAUUGAUAAAGUUUUGCUUUGAUUAGCUAGUAGAAAACAAUUUCAAAAACGCCUCAACAGAAAAAAGUUUGAAAAAUUGUUUCUGCCAAUAUACCGGUAUAUAUUUUUUUGGCAUCAUUUGUUUAGUUCUUUCUAGAAAAGUUGAUUUAUUUUAAUUUAAAACAUCAUAGUCCAAUGUACACUUGGCUAAUACAUUAAUACAGAAGGAUUUGAUAAAUGUGCUUUGUUAGUUAUCAGUUACAUCAGAGUCUUGGGCCUGCCAUCACUGCAGCUGCAGUUGGGGCCCUGGGAGAUGCUCAGAGAGUUAAAAGACAAAUUUUUGAUGCGGAAAAAAAUUGAAACUGUCAACUUUGAAUACAAGGGGCUCAAAACCCCAAAAUGGCAUGGGGCCUUCAAAAGUCACACAAUGGCUCUGACUAAAUAUAAUGAAACUAUAGAACUAUUUGAUAUGUCUUAAUUACAUAUGACACUACCGGUAUAAAACUAUUGAUAUGUAAUAAUUACAUAUGAAAGUAUAGAAACAUUUGCUAUGGAUCAAUUACAUAAGACAUUAGAACUAUUUGAUAUGUAUUAAUUACAUAUGCCAUUAACUAUUUGAUAUGUAUCGAUCACAUAUGAUUAUGAAACUUAAGAACUAUUUGGUAUGUAUCAGUUCCAUAUGAAAGUGUAGCACCAUUUGACAGUGUAGCACCAUUUGACGGUGUAGCACCAUUGGACAGUGUAGCACUAUUUGACCACAGACAGCUGAAAUCAUCAAAAGACAGCAUUAAUAUCAAUCUGAUUUAUUUGAUUGACAUUUUAAAAAAUGGCAUAAUUAAUAAAUCAAGUGCAAAUGUUUUUUUUUUUAUUGAUUCCUUUUUCUUCAUUUUUAAAAAAAAGUCUUUGGUUUAAUCAAUUUGUAUUAAACCAAAGCUCACAUAUCAGCUAUCAUUGUUUCUUAACACCACUAGUACAUCAAAAUCACACAUCACCUGCCAUUGUUUAAUAAAUACUAGUAUAUCAACAUCACGCAUCAGCUGUUAUUGUUUACUAAAUAAUAGUACAUCAACAUCACACACUAUUGUCAUUGUUUACUAAAUACUAGUAUAUCAACAUCACACAUCAGCUGUCAUUGUUUACUAAAUCCUAGUACAUCAACAUCACACAUCAGCUGUCAUUGUUUACUAAAUACUAGUACAUCAACAUCACACAUCAGCUGUCAUUGUUUACUAAAUACUAGUAUAUCAACAUCACGCAUCAGCUGUCAUUGUUUACUAAAUGCUAGUAUAUCAACAUCACACAUCAGCUGUCAUUGUUUACUAAAUACUAGUAUAUCAACAUCACGCAUCAGCUGUCAUUGUUUACUAAAUGCUAGUAUAUCAACAUCACGCAUCAGUUGUCAUUGUUUACUAAAUACUAGAACAUCAACAUCACACAUCAGCUUUCAAUUUUUACUAAACCCAAUUACAUCAACAUCGCACACCAGCUGUCAUUGUUAACUAAACACUAGGUCAUCAACAAUUCAACAUCCCAACGCUAGUAUCUCGUACAGGAAAAUUCAAAGUGUCUCGAUAAUAGAAAACAAAAAGUUCAUUUUUUAUUUGUACAUUUUAACUAGAUUCUGUCCCAUAUUCUCAGCUGCAAUAUUAUUAUUUGAUCUAGUAGAUUAAACCCAUGUGUUCAUGUUGCCAUUAAUCCAGCUGCUCUUGAAGGUUAAUAAUCCUAAUCCUAAACAAAUUAUUUGGGGAACCACUUACCAUCAAUAUAAAGGAAUGAUCUUUUAAUUUUAGUUCAUUUCAAUAAUAUUUUCAUAGCCACCAGAAAUAAAUAUGCAGACCAUGGGGUCUCAGGCAGACCAUGGGGUCUCAGGCAGAUCAUGGGGUCUCAGGCAGACCAUGGGGUCUCAGGUAGACCAUGGGGUCUCAGGUAUAAGUAGACAUUUUACCAAAGAAAUGUCCCCUUUUUUAAAAAAAACAUUGUGAUUUUGACUGCAUAAUAUUCUACUUUAAAUUGUUGCCUUUUAGAAGGUACUCAGUCUUUCAACUUUUUAGAGACAUUUUAAUUUUUGUUUAUAUUAAUAUAUAAAUGUUUCCAACAGAAUUAAUUAUUAUACUGAAGUACAGAUAGUUCAUGGAGCAUUAAUAAAUAAAGCUGUUAAAGGACUUGCUUAUUACUUAUUAUUAAUAGUUUUUUGGUUGUUGAUCAUUUAUUAUGGUAAUAAAAGAAAGAAGUUUUUUUGCAUUCAUACAUUUUAAUAUUUUUCUUUAAAAAAACACACAAAAACCCAGAAAUAUGAACCAAUGCGUUAGUCUUGAUGAUAAUUUUAAAUGGUUUUAGUUUUUGAAAGCAGUAAAUGCUCUUUAUUUUAAGUAGGGUACUUUGUCUUUACUUUAUUGAUGAAAUUAAACCUGUAGUACCCUUUAGAAUAAAUUAUUUAUUCCUGUGCCUUAAUCUAUGAUGUCACAAAUUAUAUCAUCAAACUGUAUGUGGUGUGUUGGGGAUAUCCAUAAAUAAAAGACUUUAUGAAUAGUUUUAUAGAGCUCAAGUCAAGUAACAUCUUAAGAGGACAAAACUACUUUGCCAAUAGUUUAUAGAGAUGUCAUAUUUAAGGCAGAUGGAAGUCCCAACCAUGAACAUGACAAGCACAAUGAUGAUGAUAAUGAUGAUGAUGGAAUGGUCAAACAAGGAAGUACAAAUAUUGUAUACUGUCACAUCAAUUUUAAGCACAAAUUUUUUAAUUUAAAAAAAAAUAAUUUUUUGUGACAAUUUGAAAUUGUUUUUAGGGUUGAAUACUUUAAAUAAAAAAAAUUCUUGGUUUAUAUUUACAGGACAAUUAUCAGGACAGUACUUGGGAUUUAUAACAAAAACUAUUAUAUUAUUAUUAUUAUUACAACUUAUGUGACAUCCUGUGAUGUUUGAGUAAUUCCAUGAGUUUUAUUGGUAAUGACGUCAGAGUUUUAAUGUUCACAUCAACAGUUAUAAAAUAUACGCCAUAGUCCACCAAUAUUAUUUCAGCUAAAUUUUUGCUUUUAUUAUACUUUUAAAAAAAAUUGAACCACAUGCUGGUUUGAAGCCUUAUGUGCCUCCAAUAAUUUUGUUGUUGAUGUAACAUAUAUGUUUGAAACUGCCAGAGUAACAAAAAGCAACAUUUUCUAUUUUUUAUGACAAUGUUUUAUCAUUAUUUUAAGUUUGCUUCUCAAAACCAUGCUGCUUCAAUGAUGAUUCUUAUGGUGGGUGACAUUUGUAAUUUAUUUUAGCUUAAUAUACAUUUUAAAACAAAUUUUUCUAGUUGGUAAAUAUGUAUGUGUUUUUUUUUAAAGAGAUCAAUUAGAUUUCUGUUAAACAUUAGUUCUCCGCUCAAUGCUGAACCUAUAACCUAUAUUAUAAUUUUUUGCACUUUAUUAAAUAGUGAUCUAGAUAAAAAAUUUUUUAGUUUUGAUCAUCUGGCUAAAAAUGUAUAUACUCUGCACCAUUUCAUUGGCUUAUAAGUGAACAGAAUAUCACUACCAGUCUUAACAAACACAAUUACAAAAUAGUUUCAUUCAAUUAUUGUAUUUCCAUUAUUAAUUGUUUUUUUGGUAUGCAUAAUUUUGAGAUGUCUAUUUGUCACUCAAAGUCAUUCAUCUCCAUUUUUCUAAUGACUGCACCAACUCGGCCCACAUUAAAAAAUAAGGAAGAUGCCAAUUAUAAUGCUAUCAACAACAACAAACAACAUCUUGUUUUCCAAUAUACCGGUACCGGUAUCAUAUUUUGUGGAAGAAACUUUAAAAAAAAAAAAAAAAGGGGUAAAACCAUUCUAUGUACCUGUACUGUGAAAUGAAGAAUUCUUGUAAACAUUUGUAUUGGCUUAUUUCUCUUGCAAUUGUUACGGCUUCCUAUUUGGUAUGUAAAAAAAAUUUAUAGGUGUGAGUUAAAAUAUUCCCACAACAGCUUAAAUCAGAGGUUUUUCAAUCUUUUUCCGACGGUACGCUAAGGGUGACACAAAUUCAUCCCUAGCAACAUUUGAGCCCCUUUAAGUAUAAUUCUGAAUCAUUUUUCAAUGAUCUGCUAAGAUAUAUAGUACUAACUUAAGAAUCCAGAAAAUGUAAAGGGUAACAUAUUUUUGAACUUUGAAUCAAAAUGUAGUAAAUUAGUGCUCCGGUGCCAACUUGAGAUAAAAGCUAAGCAAUGAUAGUUCCGUCAACUGUUUCUAUCUGAGCUGUCUGCAGGAUCUUUUUUCUAUUCCUAAGUGCCAGAGAUCCUUGACUUCACUCUUCCUGGGCUUUCCGACCAAGUGCUGUCCUGGGAAGUGAAGUUGCUGCCAUUGUACUUGUACAAUUCAUGGCCAAUUCAUCACCAGCAGUGUUCCCUCACGGUCUCUGUUAUAGCUGUCACUCUUGAUCAGCAUCUCAGCACUGAGUUGGAGGCUGACUGUUACCAGAAGACUCCAUAGAUCCUAAUUUUAGGAAUAUGGUUGGGAAGAACCCCCUGCUCUUAUGUGCUGGCAGUUUUCAACACUCUGACCCAGAGGCGUAACUAAGGGGGGGACAGAUGUCCCUGGGCACCGGACUAGUUAGGGUCGCCAAAAUGUGAUUUGAUAUUAUUUUAUUGAUGAAAAUAAUGGGUUUGAGAGUUGAAAAGAGAAAGGGAGGCGCUUUUAAAUGAACCUUGACCCUGAGCACCACACACUGUAGCUACACCUCUGCUCUGAUCCAUAGAAUGGGAUAAUCGUGACUAUAACAUGAAGCUUUUACCUUGAUUAAUAUUAUCUGAUGGUCCAAGCCCUAUGGCAGACUUUUAAAGCAAGUUAAUUUUUAAGCAAGUGCUUCAGUAAGUCAGUAACUUACUUAAGAAAAUCAGCAAACUAUGGAGCCAGAGCUCAUAAAGUCUUCCCCAGCGGCCUACCCUGCCAGCCACCCUUCCACUUGAUAGACUAUGCAAGUGAGGCGGCAUCAGAGAAGAAACACCUGGCCGGGCGGGGUGCUGCUCGCUCAGCAACCGGGCCAGACUUUCUAGGGGCUGGGGUGGAUAUAUUUUACGUCUCUAAGUCUCCCCUUCCCACCCCAGGGGGGACGCAUAGGUGUUUAACAGACGCCCUCUAAUAGGGAUUAUGUAGUGUGACUAAGUAACACCACAGCUAGGAGAGAAAGAGUAAGUCACUAAAUUAUUCAAACUGAAAUCAUCUUUAGUCUGCCAGUUUGACCACUUGGUCUGUAAUAUCAACUUUUAGUUAGUAUUAUGACCUAUUGGUUGACAAUAUGACCUAUUGGUUGACAAUAUGACCUAUUGGUUGACAAUAUGACCUAUUGGUUGACAAUAUGACCUAUUGGUUGACAAUAUGACCUUUUUUUAAAAUCUUCUUCCUGCUUUGAGAAUCUUGGAACAAUUAAUUUUAAAUCAUUUCUAUCAAAUUUCGUCUUUUCUUUAAAAAAACAAAAGUUCCCAUUAUAGAAUAUUCAGAUUAUCAAAAUGAACUGCUUAAAACCAAUUGUUUGAGGUUUUGUGUUAGAAAUGCGUCAAUGUAGAGAGAAAUAAAAUCAUGUUCACAUUUGUUCCUGGGUUUUAUUCAAAUCUCAAAAUAGCAACUUGCUGCCCACUAAUACGUUUGCAGGUAGUAAUAAAAAAUUGUCUUAACUUACCAUUAGAGUUACAGUUUUACAGGUUAUGCUGUUACAUCCGCAUUCACCAGCCAGUGGUACCCAGUACAGAAAAUAUGCAAAGUCUUUUGCUUGACUUUAACAAAUGUAAAAAUUGCAUUGUCUUUCAGUCAAUGAGAUGAUCCAUUUUUAUGAAAUUUAAGUUCAGACCUUUUGUUACCAGGUGCUUAACAUUAUAUCAACAAACGAAAAGCUCACUUUAAAACAAAAAUAAUCUUUUUUGACCAUGUAUUUUGACCACUGGUAGCAUAAAGGCAGUUCAGCUUUAUUUCUUGUCAUUUGGUUCAAAGUGCAC